AUGGAGUGGAAAAACAACUGUAUGAAAAACAAGCUGGCUUUAGAAGAGAUUUACACCUCGAAAUAUAAUAGAACAAUGUACCGAAUGGAAUUCAACAUUGUUCACUACUUUGAUAUCGAGAAGGCAUUUGAUUCCAUUCAUAGAGAGAGCCUUUGGUCCAUCAUGAAGUUAUAUGACAUCCCAGAUAAAUUGGUCAGAAUGGUAAAACUUCUUUAUGAGUCAUUCCAAUGUGCAGUCCUAGAAGAUGGUGAAGAAUCCGACUGGUUCUGGGUAACAACAGGAGUGAAACAGGGUUGCACAAUGUCUGGAUUCCUGUUUUUGUUGGUCGCCGACUACAUAAUGAAAAGAACCACAGAAAGAGAACCAACAGGAAUAGGGUGGAUCUUCACUACAAAACUUGAAGAUCUAGACUUCACAGAUGAUCUUGCACUACUCUCCUCAAAAUUCCAAGGAUUCAACAAAAGACACGAAGACUACAUGAAAAUGCAAGUCGAAUUGACCUCAGGAUAG